CAAACGCUUCGCCCAUGUGAUUAUGUGUGUAGACUGUACUCUCGAAAGACACCCCAAAGUGAACCGUUUGUUUGUAGCUUCAGUGGUGGCAGUCUCCGGCUCUGUGAUACCGUUAGCCAUUAAUUAACUUUAUCUUAAAGCAAAGCGGAUUUAAAACGUUUAUAGAAAUGUAGCGGCUCUCGGACUCAUCCGGACGGCAGCCAGUAAUCCCACAAAUUUAGCUGUAACCUUCAUUUCCUCCGAACACCUCAGGAUGCUGACAACCACUUGGGUGGGGCAGACGCAGAUGACAGAGGAGGGGCAGCAUUCAGGGAUAAACCAAACCGCACCAGAUCGUUUUUAAAUCACAGUUUGCGGUUGGCUAGUUAAGCCAUGACCAAGCCCGAAUCGAGGAAAAGCAGCGUAGCCGGCAGCAACGCCACCGGCAAGUGCGCCACCGCCGCAUCCUCUGCCGAGCAGGUCAAUAACGGCUCAGUGGAUCUCGGGUGUCCGGAGCAGAGCACAACCUUAAAAGCCAAGAUGAUAAAACAAACCUCUAGGGAGAGUCUGUACCGGAGAAACACUGAAUGCGAAGUCUAUGACGACGGGACCAACACCUUUUUCUGGCGAGCUCAUACGGUCACGGUGCUGUUCAUUCUGACCUGUGCUCUGGUCUACGUCACCCUGUUGGAAGAGACUCCUCAGGACACAGCUUACAACACUAAAAGGGGUAUUGUGGCCAGCAUCCUGGUGUUCCUCUGUUUCGGGGUGACACAAGCCAAAGAUGGACCCUUCACCAGACCACAUCCAGCUUACUGGCGGUUCUGGCUUUGUGUCACUGUCGUCUAUGAACUGUUCCUCAUCUUCAUCCUGUUUCAGACGGUGCAUGAUGGGCGGCAAUUCAUGAAGUACAUCGACCCCAAGUUAGGGGUACCGCUCCCAGAGCGCGACUAUGGCGGAAACUGUCUCAUCUACGAUCCAGGGAACGCCACGGACCCCUUUCACAACAUCUGGGACAAGAUGGAUGGCUUUGUUCCAGCUCAUUUCCUGGGAUGGUAUAUCAAGACUCUGAUGAUCCGGGAUUGGUGGAUGUGUAUGAUCAUCAGUGUCAUGUUUGAGUUCCUGGAAUACAGUCUGGAGCAUCAGUUGCCCAACUUCUCAGAGUGCUGGUGGGACCAUUGGAUCAUGGAUGUGUUGGUGUGCAAUGGUUUGGGGAUUUAUUGCGGCAUGAAGACCCUGGCUUGGUUGUCAAUGAAGCCUUAUCAGUGGCAGGGCCUCUGGAACAUUCCUACAUACAAGGGGAAGAUAAAGCGAAUUGCAUUCCAGUUCACUCCUUACAGCUGGGUGAAGUUUGAGUGGAAGCCGGCUUCCAGCCUUCGUCGCUGGCUUGCUGUGUUGGGCAUCAUCUUCAUGUUCCUGCUAGCAGAGCUGAACACCUUCUACUUGAAGUUUGUGUUGUGGAUGCCUCCCGAACACUACCUGGUACUGCUCCGCCUCGUCUUUUUCGUCAACGUGGGAGGCGUGGCCAUGAGGGAGAUCUAUGACUUCAUGGAUGACCCAAAGUUCCACAAGAAGCUCGGCCAGCAGGCAUGGCUGGUGGCAGCAAUCACAGUGACUGAGUUUCUCAUAGUGGUCAAGUAUGACCCCAACACCAUCAUGUUGCCCAUCCCCUUUUUCAUCAUGCAGUGUUGGUUCUUAGGAAUCUUCCUCAUACUUAUCUGGACCUUAUGGCGAUUUUUCAUUCGUGACAUUACACUCCGCUACAAAGAGACCCGUCGGCGCAGGCAGGAAGCGCCUGUCGACUGGGACCGCACGCUGGGCAACGGCAACACAGCCACCCCGUCUGGGCGAAGCAAACUCAACGGCAGCUCUGAGACGCUGCGGCAGAGGAAGUCCUGAGAGGAAGUCACGGCAGUGAUUUUGAAGGGGGAAGGAUGAAGUCUGGAUGAGGAAAACAAAGAAGGGAAUUGUUGCACAAAGUCUAAUGUAGAGGAAAAGCAGAUGGACACACAUGCAGGCUGUACUUGUGCCAACAUGAACUGAUUAGUUAUUCAACAGAGGGGAGGGGAGGGGAGGGGGUAACUUGGUGUAAUUGUGUAGUUAUUUUCAUACUACAGGGAAUUACCUCAUUUUGUUUUUAACACAGAUGAUGAUGCAUUUUUGUGUGAUUGUCUUGAAUGUUGGCUGGUAAUGGGGAAUCUGAAUUCAGGAGAGGUGGAUUAAAGCAAGGAGGUUUAGAAAGGAUAAUGAUACACUCUUGCGUUCCUUAGUUUGUGUUUCUCUUCUGCACUCCCUUUUUUUUUUUUUUUUUUAUAAAGAAACAGAGGAGCAUGUUAGGAAAAUAUCCACAACUGUAAAUAUGCUUGUGGUGUUGUUGCAUUCAUGCAGAUGAGAGGAGACAGAUCAUUUAACACGUCUGCCUGUAUAAAGACUGAUCUGGAUUCUGUUUGUAGUCCAUGAGAGAACCAUGGAUUUUUUUUUUUUUUAGUUUAAGGAUCAUGACAGUUUUAUGUUAAAUUAGGAUUACACGCCAGCACAUUUCUCAUAGUUUAGAGCAGAUUUGGUCCCAGGUACUUGAAACAUUGUUUGCAUGUAGGACACUUUUUGUUGGCAAUUCAGGGCUCAUUCAUGGGAGCACUGAGGCCCACUCUGUGAGAAGAAAACUGGCCAAAGCUUUCUCUCUUUAAAAAAAGUUUGUAAAAAAAAUAAACAACCAAAUAACUAAAAAAUCAAAAUGUACCAUAUUCUAGUUAAAUAUGGUGAUAUACAUGAUAAGUGGGGAUAGUUUCUUUCAUUUUAUUUUUUCUUAGGCAUUAUAUUAGUUAUUUGUUUGGGGUAAUCGUAAAUAUUUGGUUGAAUAUAAACACUAGAUUAUGCUGGAGAUUCUUUGUGUGGGAAAAAAGAAAAACACAUGUUCGACAAUCACACUGGCAGGACGUUGACUGGUUUUCCUCAUGGACACAUACAUGGGAGCAAAUGACAGAAAUCUGGAUGAUGGCUGACGGUGUGCGGCUCAUUCAGUCACAAAAUAUUUUUUUCGUGUUUUUUUUUUUUUUUUUUUUUUUUUGUAUGUAAUUUCUGCCAAAUUUAUAUUUUUUUAAAUAUAAUUUCAUAUUCUGUUGUGGUUGAAUGAAGCCAAAUCAAUAGGAGAACCAACUUUGUUUGAGAAGGAGAAAUUAAGGUUUAAUAUGGGCGUUUGUUUGGGAAGCCAAACUGGUCUUUUGCUGCUCUUUGGGCCAAGCCAAAGCCAUAAAACCACCCAGAACUGCUAAAGUCACCAACACUACUACUACAGUUUGACUCCUCAGUGUGAGGAUCUGAUGCUGUACUUUAUUAGGAUGUGGGAGUAAACAGGUCAUUUUCAGACGGUAGAGCGAACAAAAUGCUGAUGUUUAAUCGAUGAGUAGAUUAGCUGAUCAUUUGCAGAAUAGUCAGUUAUUGACAGCUCUAGUUUCAUGUUCAUUUUGUUGCAGGAGGGGAAAAAAAAAAAAAAAUCAGAAAUGCUCAAACUGAAAGGAGCUGAAAAUUCAAGCAUGCUUCAGUCAUGCUCAGCAACUGCUACCAAAAACCUUUCGUCUUUGUCUUGUGGCUGUCAGAGAUGAGUUGUAAAUUUCCGUGUUACUCAGCGUAACUCUGCGAUACAUGGCUAAGGACAAAGUAGACAACAUCUGUGACGCUAGCGCCAGAUGUUGCUGUUGUAAAAGAGGCUGAUGUUAUAGUACUGUAGUCAUUUUUCAGGUGAAUACAAUCCAACAGUCUGCUCAUUAAUUUUAUUUUGCCAAACAAUACACUAAGGUUAGUCAUUUCUACAUGGCUCACUCAUGUAUAUCAUGCAGAUGUCUUAUUUAUUUUGUCCUCUUUCUUCUUUUUUUAAUACAGUGACUCCUGUGCUCAUUGUGCACCUGGCCUCAGACUGGUUAAAAUUCUUUGGUUUAAAAUGUCCUAAAAGUUUAAACCAAUGCAAGUCUUGAAUUUGCACAUUAACCCUGACUUCCCAAAGGAAGCAGGGAAUGAAGAAAUGACAGGAUCUUUUCCAACAUGAUUGUUUUGUUUCUCUUGUGGCCACAUGGGGGCGGUAGACGUUUUAUUAUCGCUCUGUGCAGUCCGUUCUCCUGGAUGAUGACUUGACAACUUGCUGUACAGUAAAUGCCACUUUCAACUUG